GGGAAGCUCUAGUGCUGUAUGGCUGAAGAGGAGGUGAGGCUGAAGGCUCGCUCCCACUCCGUCAGGAUCUCACGUUGGUGGGCCUUGCUGGAGCGGGUGGGGGGCUUGGGGACGGAGACCAGCCCUGCUCACGCUACCCAAAAUCAGACACCAAGACGACCUGUGAAGAAGCUCCAUGAAGGUGACCAGCCAUGCAAUGUUCCUGGAAGGCUGUCCUCCUACUAGCCUUGGCAUCCAUUGCGAUCCAGUACACAGCAAUCCGGACCUUCACUGCCAAGUCCUUCCACAGCUGCCCCAUUCCCAACCCCGUGAACUGCAGCCUGAGCCAGGACACCGAUGCGGCCGACAGGCUGUGCGACGAGAGCCCCACUUUCUCGUACAACCUCUCCAGGAAGACGCACGUCCUCAUCCUCGCUACCACCCGCAGCGGCUCCUCGUUCGUUGGGCAGCUGUUUAACCAGCACUUCGAUGUCUUCUAUUUAUUUGAGCCCCUCUACCACGUCCAGUACACCCUGAUCCCAAAGCUGACACAGAGCAAGAGUACGACGGACAGGCGGGUCAUGCUGGGGGCCAGCCGAGACCUGCUGAGGAGCCUGUACGACUGCGACCUCUACUUCUUGGAGAACUACAUCAAACCCCAGCCCGUCAACCACACCACCGACCGCCUCUUCCGCAGGGGAGCCAGCAAGGCCCUGUGCUCGCCGCCCGUCUGCGAGUCCCUGGGAGCUGUCGACCUCCACCUGGAGGAGGGAGACUGCGUGAAGAAGUGCGGUACCUUGAACCUGACGCUGGCCACCGAGUCCUGCAGAGAGCACGGGCACGUGGCCAUCAAAACCGUGCGGGUGCCCGAGGUCAGCGACCUCCGGGCCCUGGUGGAGGACCCGCGGCUGAACUUGAAGGUCAUCCAGCUGGUGAGGGACCCCCGGGGGAUCCUGGCGUCCCGGAGCGAGACCUUCCGGGACACCUACAGGCUGUGGAGGAUCUGGGACGGCACCGGCAGGAAGCCGUACAACCUGGACGUGACCCAGCUCACCACGGUGUGCGAGGACUUCUGGAACUCCGUGUCCACCGGCCUCAACCGGCCGCCGUGGCUCAAGGGCAAGUACAUGCUGGUGCGGUACGAAGACCUGGCCAGGAACCCCAUGAAAAAGACCGAGGAGAUCUACGAUUUCCUGGGCAUCCCCAUGGACAGCAACGUCGAGCGCUGGAUACAGAACAACACCCGAGGAGACAGGUCCUCCUCCAAACACAAGUACGGGACGGUGCGCAACUCGGCGGCGACGGCGGAGAAGUGGCGGUUCCGGCUCUCCUACGAGAUCGUGGCGUUCACCCAGCACGCCUGCCAGCAGGUGCUGGCACAGCUCGGCUACAAAACUGCCGGCUCCGAGGAGGAGCUGAAGAACCUCUCCAUCAGCCUGGUGGAGGAGAGAGACUUCCUGCCCUUCUCCUAAGGCAGCCCCAGGGGGGCCCGGUUUUGAUACGGACUAUUUCUAACUGUUGCCUUAUUUUAUUUUCUUUCGUUUUGUUCCCCCCCCCCACCUCUUUCUCUCUCUUGUCUUUUUCUCUCCAAAAUUUGCACUAAACCUUGAGCGGGAAUCUCAACAGCUGAGUCCAGGGGAAGUGAUUGCUGCCCCUCAAUACGUUUCGGACGCAAGAGGAGUUGGGUCUCUCCAAGCAAGAGCUAGAACUGUGGAUGGGUAACAAUGUUUACAAAACACACAAAAUGUAUAAAGCAACCUUCAAGCUUUCCAAACCGAAGGGUACCUGGGGUACUGUACUUUUGCACUGUUUACUUUUACAAUGUAAGAGGUAAAUAUAAAUCUAAUUUAUGAAUUGUGUCAUCCCCUCCAGAAUAACUCCCCUAGCCCCUGAUGAGCAGGUUAGACUGGAAGCUGAACGUGGAACGACCUCCUCAUUUUUGAUCUCGGUGCGACAUGUCUGUCUGUUUAAGUCCUGUUAUUGGGCUGGGCAGUUCGUCAGCUGCUCAUACAUGGUUGUUUGGUAACACCUGUGAGAUUUCUUUGUGCCAAAAACCCACAAAAGAGAAAAAAAAAAAAAAAAAGGGAAAAAAAGUGUUUGGGUGGUUUGGUAAAAGCCCAACACAUUUAAUGCUUUAUUUCUGUGUUUUCUGUAAAUAAAAGUGCAAUAAAAGUGACCUGGGGGUGAGCUUCAA